AUGAAAACAAACUUAAAUUAUACAAUUCAAAAAUUUUCUAUCCACGAAUACGAGAAUGGUAUAUCGUUAAACUCUGAUGAAACAAAUUCAGACACGGCAAAUAUCUCCACUUUCCGUCUUUACAUCUAUCAAAAUGAAAUAAAUCAGAUUGAAUUAGUCAAUACAACACCAACAUUUCAUCAUGUCUCAUUUACUGUUCCAGAAUUGGUUUAUCCAAUGUGGAGACCAACUCUAUCAUUAAAAAGGCUUCUUCAUGAGUUUGAAACAAAAAUAUUACUUGAUCAUCCCUACAUUCCCUCAUUUCCUAACAUGACUCUUUAUCUUCGACAAUUUGCUAGUAAACCCACUAAAAUAGCUAUAUAUAAUAGUUGCAAAAAUCUUAAAACCAGAAAAUUUCCUCCCAUUCUAUCUGCAAGACGAUCACAAGAAAAUACUGACACCACUACAUCUAUAAAUAACUCCAAUAUCCCCGACAUCGUAAUUCCUAAUAAUGCAUUUCCUUUCGAAACACACGAUGAAGAUCAAAGAUACAAUAGACUUAUGGUCAGCUGUAGAUUGUUAAAACAAAAACACGUAUCGCGAAAACAUUAUCCAACAAGAGCAGAAUUAAUAGGCGAACCUUUCUUUUUUCAACAUCUUAUAAUGAAAAUUCCCUGCUACUCAGAAGAAGAACUCAUUGGGACCUACUCAAGCUACUUCAAAAAAUUCAAAUCCUUAUUUCCCAACGAAUAUGAACAAGAAAUUAAUAAGCUAACUAACACCACUGUAACUCAAGAGCUUCGAAACUCAAAUGCCUAUAAAGAGAUCAUAAAAAAAAUAUUGACUAAUCUAAAUAAUACAGAAAUCUAUGACCUAAUCCUUAAACAAUUAAUUAUGUUAGAGUGCAAGACUCCUUCUAUUGACCCACAUCAAACAUUAUUGCUAAACGAAGACCAAUAUCCGAUUUAUGAUAUUCUCUGCAAUUCAUGA